GCCGGAGGGGCGGCGCUCGGCCGGCGGGGCUCGGGGCAGCCUUGGCCGCCGCGGGAGCCGGAGAUGGAUUUGCGGGCACAGAGAGCGGGUGGAAGGGCCGCGUUCGUCUUGGCAGAGGAGGCUGACUGCUGAGCCAGGGCGUGUCUACAGGAGGCUGCCAGCUGCCCGGAUCCCCGCCUCGCCGCCAUGGGCCGCCCAGGCUGGCAGGAUGGUGCAGUGGUGAGAGCAGCCUCUGGAGCCAAGUGGCCAGGGUUCACACCCACGUCCUGCCACUUGCCGGCUGUGGGAUUCUGCACCAGCCGGUUCCUGCUGGAGGCUCCUGGAGGCACCGGGGAGACCAUGCCCAGGCCCCCGGACUGCCUGCUGGGGCUGCUCCGGGGCACCCCGAGCCAGCGGGGCUGCACCCUCUUCCUCAUCAGCUUCAACUUCAUGUGCUUGGUCUCCGUCAUGAUCUACUGGCACAUCGCGGGGGAGCCCGGGAGCCCAGCACAGCUCUCUAACCUGCCGGUCGACAUCCCCUGCCCCCACCGGGAGCCCCCCCGGCGGCCCUCCGGCACCCCACCUCCGGGCAACAUCUUCUUCCUGGAGACCUCCGACCGGACCAACCCCAACUUCCUGUUCAUGUGCUCGGUGGAGUCGGCCGCCCGGGCGCACCCCGAGCGGCAGGUGACGGUGCUGAUGAAGGGGCUGCGCGGCCGCAACGGCUCCCUCCCGCGCCACCUGGGCCUGUCGCUGCUGCGCUGCUUCCCCAACGUGCGGGUGCUGCCGCUGGACCUGCGGGAGCUGUUCCGGGGCACGCCGCUGGCCGCCUGGCACGCGGCCAGGCAGGGGCGCUGGGAGCCCUACCCGCUGCCCGUGCUGUCCGACGCCGCCCGGCUGGCGCUCAUGUGGAAGUUCGGGGGCGUCUACCUGGACACGGACUUCAUCGUCCUCAAGAACCUGGGGAACCUGACCAACACGCUGGGCACCCAGUCCCGCUACGUCCUCAACGGCGCCUUCCUGGCCUUCGAGCGCCACCAUGAGUUCGUGGCGCUGUGCAUGCGGGACUUCGUGGCCCACUACAACGGCUGGAUCUGGGGCCACCAGGGCCCGCAGCUCCUCACGCGGGUCUUCAAGAAGUGGUGCUCCAUCCGCAGCCUGGGCGAGAGCCACGCCUGCCGCGGCGUGCGCGCCCUGCCCUGCGAGGCCUUCUACCCCAUCCCCUGGCAGGACUGGAAGAAGUACUUCGAGGAGAUCAGCCCGGAGGAGCUGCCCCGGCUGCUCAACGCCACCUACGCCGUCCACGUGUGGAACAAGAAGAGCCAGGGCACGCGCCUCGAGGCCACGUCCCGGGCGCUGCUGGCCCAGCUGCACGCCCGCUACUGCCCCACGACGCACGAGGCCAUGAAGAUGUACUUGUGAGGGGCCUGCCGGGCUGGAGAAGGGCCCCAGCCUCCCUUCCUGGGGGGAGGGGGCGAGAUGAGGGGUGAAGGGUUAUUGCAGGACUUGCUGCAAGCCCCGAGGUGUGCUCCCUCCAAGCCAGCGUGGGGCUGGUGGGACACCCCUCGGCCGGAGUGCUGUCUCAGGGUCCAGGCGACAAGUGGUGGGGAAGGGCCCCGGCCAGAAUCAGCUGGAGAGAGCAGGGCGGGGGUGAGGGGCACCCCAGGCCUGUUGGAUCGCCCAUGGGCGCUGUGAACAUCACAGCAUCUUCCUCCAGGCAUCCCAGGGAAGACAGGCCGGUUGGGCCGAGGUGCCGUGAGGGGAGCAGCCUGAGAGGAGUCCAGGGAACGGGGGAGGAAGGCGGCCUGAGGGGAAGGAGAGGCGGCCGUGUGGGAGAGCAGUGUGCAAACCCGGCCUGGCGGGCCAGAACCUGAGCCUGAGCCCGGGCGGCGCUUUGCUCCUUCCUGGUUUUGUGUUUUUGUUUUCAGAGAGGCCGAGGCUGGCAGAGGCCUGGGGAGCAUGUGGGGGGAGGCCCUGCCUGCCGCCCAUCCUGUAUUCUUUCCACAGAUGUUGCAAGGGGACAGCUGCCCACUCCAGGGGCACAGCGGGUGGGGUAUUUUUGGCUCGGGCACAGCAUUUUAAAGGAAACACUCCCACCCUGCUGGUCAUAAACACAGGCAAACAAUAAAUAUAACAAAAGUGAUCGCCCACA